AUGGCUAGACAGCUUAAGAUGGAUAAGAUAAGGGAAAUAUCUCAAUUGGGAGAUUUAUGUGAGCAGUUUGGUCUACCCAAUCCCGUUGCUAAAAGCAGCAAUCCAGACAGGUAUUACAAGUCCUCUAGAACCAAAGGUUCUCACAAGAAAAGGAAAUCUAGGCGUAGAUCUAAAGAAGAUCGCGAAGCUAGAAAGAGCUCUCGUAAAUUUAAUAGAUUUACCGAAGAUAGAUCUGGAAGAGAUUUGUCUAAGAUAAAAUGUUACAAGUGUGGUAAACUUGGGCAUAUUGCCCCCAAUUGCAUAUUAAACAAGUUAAAAGUUUUAGAGCUUGAUGAAGAAACCUAUGAAAAGGUUUAUGGCAUGUUAUACACCUCAGGUUCGGAUGAUGAUUACGAAUCCAGUUUAGGUUCUAAUAUUGAAUUAUUUGAUUCAUUUGAUAAUGAUAAUAAUCAUGCUAAUCCUUGUGAUACUUGUCAGGGUCAGGAUUGCCAUUGCGAAGAUGACGAAAUUUAUAUACUGCAAUUGCAAUUUCAAGAUUUUAAUAUGAAUACAAUCACUUCUGAUAAUCUGAUUGAACUUAUAAAGGAAAUUACUGAUAAUUUGGUAACUAGAGAUAUUAAUGCUUUGAUUAAUAUGAAGCAGAAUCAUAUGGAUUCUUUACAGAUGAAAUUAUUCAACAACGACAACAACAACAAAGACGACGACGACAACAACAACGACAACAACAACAACAACCACGAGAACGACAACAAUAACAACAACCACGAGAACGACAACAACAACAACAAUGACAACGACAACAACAACGACAAUGAUAACAACGACAACGACGAUAACGACAACGACUACGACUAUGACAAUGACAACGACAACGACAAUGACGACGACGACGACAACGACAACAACAACGACGACGACAACGACAAUGACAACAACAACGACAACGACGACGACGACGAUGAAAACGACGACGACGACAACAACAACAACAACAAUACUUUAUAA